AUGUACAUUUCGUUCGCUAAACACUGUGGACCGUUAAAAGCUGGACAGACGCGCAUUUUCUGGGAUCUCGGUAAGUUUCCCGCGGUUGCGGUGGCCGGUUUAGGUGACGCAUCGAAAUGGGACGAACUGGACGAAAUCGAUGGUGCGAAGGAAAAUGUUCGCAUUGCUGCAGCGGCCGGUGUUCGGGCACUGUCGGCGAACAAGCUGGCAGAGAUCCUGGUGGAAGAUAUGGAGCAUGCUCAGCAGGCAGCCGAAGGAGCUACGCUGGCCAACUAUAAGUUUCAGGUAUUUAAAAGCAAGGACAAACAAACCCCACUGCCAGCGGUUGGAAUGGUCGAGGAUGCAAGCGGGAAAGCCGAUUGGGAUCGUGGUGUGAUCAUUGCGGAGGCGCAAAACUUUGCCCGUGUGUUGAUGGAAACGCCGGCCAAUCAUAUGACGCCGAGUAUUUUUGCUGACACCGUGAAGCAGCGACUGAGUGCGGUGAACGUUGAGGUGCUAGUGCACGAUGAAGCUUGGGCCAAGGAGAAAAAGAUGGGUUCGUUCCUGUCGGUUACGAACGGUUCCGAAGUACCGGCCCGUUUCCUGGAGCUAACGUAUCGUGGUUCGCAGGAUGAAAAGUGUGUAGCGCUCGUUGGCAAGGGUAUUACGUUCGAUUCCGGCGGUAUCAGCCUCAAGCCAUCGGCUAACAUGGAUCAGAUGCGUGCCGAUAUGGGCGGUGCGGCAAACGUAGUAUCGACUAUAUUGGCCUUAGCACAACUUAAGGCACCGGUGCACGUGAAAGGAUUUGUACCGUUGUGCGAGAAUAUGCCCAGCGGCACAGCAACCAAACCGGGCGAUGUAGUGUACGCGAUGAACGGCAAAAGUAUCUGCGUGGACAAUACCGAUGCCGAGGGUCGGCUCAUUCUAGCGGAUGCGCUUUGUUACGCUUCAACGUUCAAUCCCAAAUUUAUUCUUGACAUCGCUACACUGACCGGUGCAAUUAAGGUGGCGCUUGGCGAUUGUGUUUCCGGCGUGUUCUCCAGCAACAAUAAGCUGUGGGAAGCGAUCCACGAAGCGGGAUCACAAACUGGCGAUCGUGUGUGGCGUAUGCCGCUGUUUAAGCACUACAGUGAGCAGAUGUGCGAUCACAACGGGUACGAUCUAAACAAUCUGGGCAAGGGAAAGGGUGGCGGCUCCUGUACGGCUGCAGCAUUCCUGCGCGAAUUUGUCCCGAAGGAUACGCCGUGGCUGCACGUGGAUAUUGCCGGUGUGAUGGGUGAUUGUAGCGAUCAAAGCUACACCGGAUCGAAGGGAAUGUCUGGACGCCCGAUGCGUACCCUGGUCGAAUUCGUUACCAAGGCCGGAAGUGCCUAA